AUAUACCAUUUACCAAUCACCAUCUGACUCAUUCUCCACCUCUCUUUCUACAUCUACCUUGGCUUCCUGAACUGAGAAGGUCCUGAGAGAUACGGGGAUAUGGCGACUAUCACUUGGUGAGCAUAGUCCCUAGCUGCAUGGAGAGGUAUGAGUGGGUUGUUAAAGAGCAAAAGCCCUCUUACGGCAAACUGAAGGUCAAGUCCAGAAAGUCCAGAAUCAUCCUUUCUCUUGAGUUUGACCAGUUUCCUCCUCAAAUCCGCAGCUUU